UCCAGUGUGUGUGUGUGUGUCCAGUGUGUGUGUCCAGUGUGUGUGUGUGUGUGUGUCCAGUGUGUUCCAGACAGCAGGGGCUAGUGUUCAUUUCAUUUCACUUCGCCGACUCACAUUCCUCGAGGCAGGUGGCAGUAAGGACCUUGCCCGAGGGCCCACGCUUGGAUGGUCUGGAAUCGAACCCCGACCUUUUCCUCCGUCCCUGGAUGUGUCAACAUUGGGCCCUCACUCGACUAGUUUGAAGUAAUGUUUGACUGGCUCCGUCUUUCUCCUUCCACCCAUCCUUGUUCUGGUGUGGACACUGAGCACCAUGUUCACAGAGGUGCUGGUCGCCCUAGCGAUCGGAGGACUCAUCUACUUCCUGCUUCAGAGGAGCAGGAGCCAGGUUCUGAAGGCAGAGGAUGGCUGGUGGGGAACUGGAACACCCCCUGACGGUGAGGAGGACAUCACCAUCCGCCCAUUUACAGUCACCACCAGCGAUGAAGAGUUGGAGGACCUGUAUAAGAGAAUUGACCAGACGCGUCCUGUUGCCUCACUGGAGGACAGCCAGUUUCAUUACGGCUUCAACUCCCAGUAUUUGGAGAAGGUGGUCUCCUACUGGAGAAAUGAUUUUGACUGGAGGAGACAAGUUGACAAGCUCAACCAGUACCCCCACUUCAAAACCAGAAUUGAUGGCAUUGAUGUCCAUUACCUGCACGUGAAGCCCAAGAAGGUGCCCGAGGGAACUACUGCUAUUCCUCUGAUAAUGGUCCACGGCUGGCCGGGCUCCUUCUACGAGUUUUACGGGUUGAUCCCCCUGCUGACGGAACCGUCGGACCCGAACGACCUCGUGUUCGAGGUGGUGUGUCCCUCCAUACCAGGGUACGGCUUCUCUUCAGCACCCCAAAAGAAAGGCUUCAAUUCCGUUUGUGCGGCAAGCAUCUUCCACAAGCUUAUGAAGCGCCUGGGCUUCCAGCAGUUCUACGCCCAUGGAGGAGACUGGGGCUGGCUGGUCACCACCAACAUGGCUCAGCUGGAGCCCAAGACAGUGAAGGGCCUGCAUGUGAAUUUUGCCCCAGCCUCCAAGCCUGGUCUGCCCAUGAUUUUGUCCAUCAUGCUCGGCCGCCGCUUCCCGAAGCUCUUCGGCUUCACCGACAUGGACAUCCAAGGCAUCUUCCCUUGCAUGCAAAAGCUGGUGGUGGAGUCCAUCAAAGAGACCGGCUACAUGCACAUCCAGGCCACCAAGCCGGACACCGUGGGUCGAGGACUGAACGACUCUCCAGUGGGUCUGGCUGCCUACAUUCUGGAGAAGUUCUCCACGUGGACCAGCCGUGACUUCAGGAACCUGGAGGACGGAGGACUCACCAGGAAGUUCUCUCUGGACGACCUUCUGACUAACGUCAUGAUCUACUGGGUUUCUGGAUGCAUCGUCCCGUCGAUGAGGUUCUACAAGGAAAACGUUGGCAGAGGCCUCAAUGCGCCGCACACUAAGAUACCAGUGCAUGUUCCCACCGGGUUCGCCUGCUUCCCCAACGAGCUGAUUCACACGCCCAAACUGUGGGUUAAACAGAAAUACAGUCAACUCGUGACCUUCUCUCCGAUGGCCCGCGGCGGCCAUUUUGCCGCCAUGGAAGAGCCCCAGCUGAUGGCCGAGGACAUCCAGAAGUUCACCAAGGCGGUGGAGAAGAAAAAGACGCAGUAGACGAUAGGAUUGAUGCACAAGGGGGACCGGUCUAAAAGUAAAAGUAUGGAGGUACUGAUAAAGCAGAUGACAGUGAGUAGACACACGUACACAUUGUGACUAUAGAUAGUGAAUGAUAUAAUAUAGUCUAAUUCUUAUCAGUGAAAAUCCUAAUUACUCUUCUGCAUGAUUGAGAACAGUCUUGUGCAGUGUUUAUACAGAAGACGGAUCCACUUCACUGGAUCUGUUUUGGCAAUUCAAAGUAUAUAGACAAGUAUUUGCAAAGCUUCAAGUUGUAAGUAUAGUAUCGAAUCACUUGCACCUCACAGAUUCCUACUCUAGCUGCGUGUGUGUCAGAGGAGCAGCCUUCACUCAUUGCGUCUCCCACUGAUCCUCGCAGUGUCUCCGACUUCCCCACAAACACGCUUUGUAGUCCUGGGAACAGUUUACUGAGCUGCAGAUGGGCGGUCAGGGGCCACGCGCUGUUACAAGUGUUGACGGUAUUGACAAGGUGCCUGGCAUUCCUCUCGACCAAUAACACAAAACAUCCUCACUCGAGCCACGGCCGCGGUACUACAAGAGACGCCUUUACAACUUUGUUUUACGCUUGAUUUCUUUGUUUUUAUUCAUAACCGUGCAUCAACUUUGCAUUUUGACUGGCGGUAAUCUGCAGACCGCAGCCACACAGCCACACACUACAGUUUACAAUUACAACUAGCAGCACUUAUGUUAAAGAUGUGACGUUUGGUUUGUUCUACUCAGUACUUUGUAGUACUCCCUACUCUAGUACUCACUAAUUAAGCUUGAAAUAUAGUUUGUUCUGUUGAGAUCUGGAAAAAUAUGUUUUCAAAUGAAAAAUAUGCCAUGUAAUGCUCGGAAAUGAUGUCACUAGAGAUGUUAUUAUUUUCAACUUCAAUAAUACUUUGAUUCACAGUAACGCUUUCCCUUCCUCCUGUCUCAUGUAUUUUUUAAUGCAGUGUAAGUUUCUAUAUGAACAAUUUCCAGAUUGACAUGUACCUCACAUCGUGACCUUUUGUUUUUUGAGUACUGAAUACUAAGUAGUGCACUGUCCCCCUUUAAAAUUAAAAAAAACAGUUUCUGGGGCAUCCACCUAGCUCCAAAGCUAAA